AUGGCGACUCCCACAUAUGAUUUGUCACGGGUUGAGACUACGACGAUGAAUCUGUUCCAAGGCGCACGAUUCUGGCUAUCUUUAACCGUUCCUCAAAGGCAGAGGUUCAAGGAAUUAAUCAAGCAAUAUGGUGGCACCGUCGUGCUGAUGGCGAAGGAUGCCGAUGUGAAGCUGGUGGAUCACACAAGGAAAGAUCUGCCUAGUGACACUUUCUCCUAUCAAUAUGUAGAGCGUUCUAUCAACAAAGGACGACUCGAAGAUCUAGAAGCCCACCGGGCUGGGCCCUCUGCACCUCGUCCAAUGGGUGCAUUCAAUAUUCCCACGAAAAGCAGAAGAGCGUACUUUACCUUGAAAGAGGAUCAAAUCUUAUUUGACUGGGUCGAACACUUUGGACAGGAGCCGGGGGCGCCUAUCCAAGGUAAUAGAAUUUAUCAGGAUUUAAGUGAACUGUUUCCCAGUCACCCAUGGCAGUCCUGGCGUAGUAGAUACACGAAGCAUCUGCGUGGCAAGGGCCGUCCAGGGGGCGGCACUCCAUCAUCAUAUGACGACCUUUUACAGUUUGCACCAAUCCAAGGAGAACGCCCAAAGACCUUGCCUGCACGAACCUCCCCAAAGGAUUCCACAACGGAAUCAAGCUCAAAGGUUCCCCAGUUAGCACCACCUUCCCCAGUCCAAGCAAGUACACCAAGCAGCCCAAAACGAAAACGAGAUCCAGUCCCUGAAUCGCCGAGUCCAUGGCAGAGGGAUGAUCCACCUAUGAAAAGAAGAGCAAUCGAAGUUUCUGCGACUGCGGGCCCUUCAUCACGCCGUCCCCGCUCUGAUGGCUGGGGACCCCAACCAGAGUCAUCAAACGUGGUAGCCACACCACCCUUUACUGCACGGCCAGAAAGAGGCUCCCCCAGUGUCUCGUCAGAUACAGGACCGCUUCAAGGCCUUGGGAUUCCAGCUCUCUUCCCAGCCCCGAACCCUUCUAUACAAACCCCUCGCCGCGUCGCUCGGGGGACUUCACAACGACCAGCAAAUGUAACAGAACCGCCAGCACCGCCGGCCCCACCGCGACCAUUGGGAGACAAUGCCUUCGCGCAGUCUGGCCGAUUCAAGAAACAAGUACCGAAUCCCAGACCACCAGUCACCGAUAUCUUCAAAGACCCAGUGGACCCCAUGUUUCUAGAACUCCCAUUCUUGCCAUCAAGCCCAGAAUCCGAGGUGGCUGACGAUGACAUCUCCGAUAUGCCCGACGUCGAUACCUGGAUUGAUCAACGCCUGGCUCUAGGUGCCAAAGAAUCCCACGUGUUCGAUGCUCUGCGAUGUACAAGCAUGGUCCCAGAGAUGGCAGAUAAAGUUCUUAAAUAUCUCACUGCUGGGGAGGGUAUUCCCGAUGAUAUGCCCGGGGUCUGGACAGCCGAGGACGAUAGCUGUUUGCAGGCGGAGGAUUAUUCGCGUGUGAAGCGAGCGUUGACGAAACACGGCGCAGAAGCUUACAAGGAUAGAUGGGAAUAUUUCAGCAUGGCCCGGCAGACAGGACUCACUGAAUGA